GCGGCCGGGGCCGGAGUUCGCUGCAAGUCUGCGGAAAGUUUGGCGGCGCGGGCUCCCCCGAAGUUCAGAGUGAAGACACUUCCACGUGGACGCCUGACCAUGUGCCUGCGCUGAGCAGCAAAGCCCACCAGGCAUCUCUGUCGUGGGCGGCAGGACCCCGGUGCUCAUCUGUGGACUCCCCGCAGUUGGCAGGUUCCCCCACCAGCGGGGUCUGGGCCUCGGCCCCACCAUGUCGAGCCUCGGCAGUGGCCCCCAGGACACCGGCGGUAGCAGCAGCGGCAGCAACGCCAAUGGCAGCAGUGGCAGCGGCCCAAAGGCAGGAGUGGCAGACAAGAGUGCAGCGGUGGCGGCUGCCGCGCCAGCCUCGGUGGCGGAUGACGCACCACCCCCUGAGCGCCGGAACAAGAGCGGCAUCAUCAGCGAACCCCUCAACAAGAGCCUGCGCCGCUCCCGCCCUCUCUCCCACUACUCUUCCUUUGGGGGCAGCGGUGGCAGUGGCGGUGGCAGCAUGAUGGGCGGGGAGUCUGCCGAAAAGGCUGCCGCGGCCGCAGCCGCUGCCUCCCUGUUGGCCAAUGGGCACGACCUGGCGGCGGCCAUGGCUGUGGACAAAAGCAACCCUACCUCAAAGCACAAAAGUGGUGCUGUGGCCAGCCUGCUGAGCAAGGCAGAGCGGGCCACGGAGCUGGCAGCCGAGGGACAGCUGACGCUGCAGCAGUUCGCGCAGUCCACGGAGAUGCUGAAGCGCGUGGUGCAGGAGCACCUACCGCUGAUGAGCGAGGCGGGCGCUGGCCUGCCCGACAUGGAGGCCGUGGCGGGCGCCGAAGCCCUCAACGGCCAGUCCGACUUCCCCUACCUGGGCGCCUUUCCCAUCAACCCAGGCCUCUUCAUCAUGACCCCGGCGGGCGUGUUCCUGGCUGAGAGCGCGCUGCACAUGGCCGGCCUGGCCGAGUACCCCAUGCAGGGAGAGCUGGCCUCCGCCAUCAGCUCGGGCAAGAAGAAAAGGAAACGCUGCGGCAUGUGUGCGCUCUGCCGGCGGCGCAUCAACUGCGAGCAGUGCAGCAGCUGUAGGAACCGAAAGACUGGCCAUCAGAUUUGCAAAUUCAGAAAAUGUGAGGAGCUCAAAAAGAAGCCUUCCGCUGCUCUGGAGAAGGUGAUGCUUCCGACGGGAGCCGCCUUCCGGUGGUUUCAGUGACGGCGGCGGGAACCCAAAGCUGCCCUCUCCGUGCAAUGUCACUGCUCGUGUGGUCUCCGGCAAGGGAUUCGGGUGAAGACAAACGGAUGCACCCGUCUUUAGAACCAAAAAUAUUCUCUCACAGAUUUCAUUCCUGUUUUUAUAUAUAUAUAUUUUUGUUGUCGUUUUAACAUCUCCACGUCCCUAGUAUAAAAAGAAAAAGAAAAGAAAAAAAUUUAACUGCUUUUUCGGAAGAACAACAACAACAAAAAGAGGUAAAGAUGAAUCUGUAAAGUACCGAGACUUCCUGGGCAAAGAAUGGACAAUCAGUUUCCUUCCUGUGUCAAUGUCGAUGUUGUCUGUGCAGGAGAUGCAGUUUUUGUGUAGAGAAUGUAAAUUUU